GUGAGAAGUUGCUCAAUCACAUUAGACACCUCCAUCAUCUGGAGCCUUGUUAACCUUGUCCAUACGUGCUACUUUACCAUUGCAAUUUUAUGAUACCGCCAAUAUAGGUCAACAUGGCAGAAGCGAUCGCGACGCUAAGUCUGGUUUGCAAUAUGAUGCAGGUAAUCUCUUUUUCCGGAGAAGUUUUCAGACUCUACCGUGACACCAUGAGAGAUCACUCACCAGACUCGAGCCUCGCAUCUAACACUGCGCAUCUAUCAGCGCUUCUGGAAACUUUGCAAGAAAGACUUAAGGACUACUAUCCCAUUCAUUCCAAUACUAGAGAUGAAUCAGAGGGUUUAGAGCAACAAGCAAAAAUGAGGCUUCAGAGCCUAACAUCUGACCUAGUUCGAGACACUAAGGAACUACAAAAGCUGCUUGAGAAGGUCACGACAACGGCUUCAGCAGGGAAGCUUGGCAGUUUAAGAACGGUUAUAAAGUUCAAGUUCCGCUAUAGUUCCCAGAUUUCCUCACUAGAAAGGAGAAUCAAUGGCACACGGAGCGUCAUGGACUCGGAACUCCUGAGCAGAAUAUGUUCGUCAACGCAGGCAAGCCAUUGUCUCUCAGAAGAUAUGUACUUAAAUCUUCACGACGACAUAAAACAGUUUAUUGUCCGCUGGUCUAGUGGGGAAAGGAUCAUAUCAGAACUACUCGUUACCGAAGCACAGAAAACUAGGGUCCACGUCACAGCAGAGUCGGAACAUACGCGCGGUAGAAUAGAUGCGAUAGGUUCCAGGUUGCUGUCUGAGUCGACCCAGCGUGAUUUCGAAGAGUUGCGGAAGCGGAUUCUUUCCACGUUAUGGUUCCCUGAGAUGAAUCAACGAGAGAAUACAAUUAAGGAGGCUUCUGAUGAUAUCGUACUCGAAAUCUUCCCAGAUUCCAAUUUUGCGGAUUGGCUCCGAUCAGAUAGAUCAGACACACCGAUAUUCUGGAUUAGCGGCAAGCCGGGGAGUGGCAAAAGCACUCUAACAAAAUAUUUAAUACACAGUAGUCAGACGAUCGAAUACCUCCGUACUUGGGAUCCCUCGGUCAAGAUAUUUCAUUUCUAUUUCUACGCGCUAGGCCAAAACCCUCUGCAGAAACAGCUUCGGGGUUGUCUGCGCACUCUUCUAUAUCAGGUUAUUACCGAAAAUCCCGGUACCUUAAACCGGUUGCUCGAAGAGCAGCCAAAGGUAAAAGGAAAAGCGUCGGAGCACGAUUGGCCUUAUCAAGAACUUUUUAAUGCCUUAUCAACAUGUCUCCAUGGCGUAACCUAUACUUGCCUAUUCCUUGACGGGCUCGAUGAAAUACAAGAUGAUGAGAGACUACAGGUUAUCGAAUUGGUGGAGUUUUUUAAGACUAUCCCAAGUGUGAAAGCUUGUGUGACAAGUCGUCCAGAGAGAUUGUUCGUGCAGAGUCUAGGACAACACCCAUAUCUUCGAGUUCAGGAACUCACUGAGCAGGCCAUACGUUCGUACGUCGAAAAUGCCUUGGGAAAAUAUGAAGGUGCUUGCGAGGUGUCUGAAUCGGACUACGAUAGCCUUCCAGCGCACAUCGUAAGAAAGUCGGAAGGAGUAUUCCUAUGGGUAGCCAUGGCACUCAAGGAUCUCAUUAGAGGGGUCGAGAAGCACGGAGACUCCUGGGAAUUAUUGAAGCAACGAAUAGAAAUGUACCCUCCCAACCUUGACGAAUUAUACGAGCAAAUGUGGAUUAGGCAGAACCAGGAUCUACCAACUCAUAAACGGGAAGCUGCCAUAUUAUUCCAGUCCGUUUUGGGACGCAGACCUCCCGAGUCACCUCUCUUGGUUUUUCUAUUAGCUACCAACCAGGCUCUCCGGAGCGAAUUGCAGCAGCUCAUAGUUAAUAAUGGUUUCUGGAGCUUUGAAGACGCGAAGCGCAUGGGCAAAGAAUUUGAAACAUGGCUCUGUGCAAGAAGCGCCGGUCUCCUCGAGAUAUCCGGACAAAGGGGAAUUUUGAUAAAGGGUAUCUAUAUUUAUUCGAGUUUUGAUAACGAGGUCUCUUUCAUUCAUCGAUCAGUUUGCGAAUUUCUCACGGAAACGAAAUACGGCCAGGAUAUUAUGAGCUAUGACGAUAGACCAAUCAUUGCAAAGCAUCUUGCGUAUCCUAAUGCUGCUGGAGCAGCAGCAUAUGUCCUUGCUGCUGAGGCUCCAGAAUAUAAUUUAAGUAAUCUUACUAAAUCCCCUCGACUAUCAGCGAUCUAUAAUCUUUUGGAAUCGUUGGGAAGUGAGGGACGGAAGAGGUAUCGGGAAUGGAUGCCGCCGGCGGAUAUGAAUAACAUGUUCCUUCAAACCGUCCUACAGGUUAACGCUAAGUUUGGCGACGUGGAGAUUCUUGACGAAAUCCAUCAGAAGGACAGAAAGUUCGAGAGCCUUUCCGUAGAAGAAAGGGGAGUGAUUUUUUUCGAAUGCAAUCGACAUGUCGGAGUUGGUGUGGACCUGGAUAUAUCCAAAUUCAGAUUCAACACGAAUGAACAGGAUUCAAGCAUGAUUCGGGUCCAGACUGUGGAAUGGAUUCAAAGCGCUUGGAGAACCUGGCUCGCGUUUCUUAAACGUCAAAUGGACUGCGUCAAAUGGCUGCUUAUACAUGACUCAGAUCCGCAUUUGGUCAUGAAAGAAGAGGAUGCUAAACAUGAUCUCUCUUGGCUUGCUGCGAAUAUCAAAUGCAUUCGCCCUACCACGUUCCAAUUAUUUCAUAUUAAAAUAGACGGCGGGCGAUAAGGCAAAAACCGC